GUGAUUUCUGGGAAAAGGAGCGCCUCGCGGAGAGACAGCAGAGUCCGGACCGCAGCCCGUGAGCAGUCCCAGUCCGCGGUACGAGAGGAAACAAAUCCGAGUCUUAAAGAGCCAUGGCAGGAACGAGAACGCGCUCCACGCGCAGACUGCGCUCGUGGAUCGUCGAACAGGUCAGCAGUGAGAAAUUCCCAGGGCUGAUGUGGGACGACGAUGCAAAAACGAUGUUCCGCAUCCCGUGGAAACACGCAGGGAAACAGGACUUCCGUAAAGACGAGGACGCCGCCAUCUUCAAGGCGUGGGCCGUGUUCAAAGGCAAGCUGACGGAUGGGAGCCAGGACAACCCGGCCUCCUGGAAGACGCGCCUGCGCUGCGCCCUCAACAAGAGCACCGAGUUCAUGGAGGUGAUGGAGCGAGCCCAGCUGGACAUCUCCGAGCCCUACAAGGUGUACCGCCUGGUGCCCGUCAGCGAGCAGAAUGUGAUGGUUCCAGAAAAGAAAUGCAGAGCAAAAGUCGCCAAGAGGUCUAAGAGGAGGAGGAGCAGCAGCAGCAGCAGCAGCAGCAGCAGCGACGACAAAGAGAGCAGCGACGCCAGCCAGGUCAAGCAGAUAAAGGAGGAGGAGGUCACCUCACAGCUGUGUGUUGAAGAGGAUCUGUGGACGGUCCGCCCUGCAGAGACAGAGGACCCCGCUCAACACACCUCCAGCAGCACCGCACACAGAGACGUGGUUAAUGAAUUUACGUUGGACGUGCGGUUCGAGGAAAGCAUCUCUGCUCCAGUAGGAGAUGAGGAUUCCUUCGGUGUGGUGGUUCAAUAUUUAGGACAGCAGGUUGUUAAACGUCACAUCCAGAGAAACGACAUCAGGAUUCUGUACUUGCCUUCGUCCUCGGUCCCCCCAGCGCCGGCCGUCCUGAAGGGCCGGUUCCCUCGCGUCCUGCUGCCGGAGCCCCCCCCCUCGCUGCCAGCGGGCCCCGAGCUGCAGGCCCUGUUCACCCUGCUGCCCUUCAUGGAGAAGGGGGUGGUGCUGACCUCCGCCCCGGGGGGGGUUUACGGCAAACGCCUGUGCCAGGGGAGGGUCUUCUGGACGGGGCCGCACUGCACCACCCCGGGGCUGCACAAGAUGGAGAGGAACACGGAGCCCGUGAUGCUCUUCUGCAAAGAAACGUUCAAACAACAACUACACAACUCCCGUAUGAGCGGCGCCGAUCCUCCUCAAUGCGGCAUCACUCUGUGUUUUGGAGAAGAGCUGAGUAACACUGAAGACCCGUCUAGCAAACUCAUUAUUGUUCAGAUCAGCUUCCCCUGGGCGGAGCAGCAGGUGCAGAACACGCAGGCCUUAUUCGAGUCCCUGAACAUGCUGCACUCUCUGGCCUCUCAGUCUCCUCUGGGGGAGAUCACUCUGAACCUGGUCACCGUGUCGCCCUCCGACCCAGACUUCUUCUCCUGUGGGAACGACUGAGCACCGUGUCUGCACGAAGGGGGGGUGUAACUCCAAAAAAAGAGUAUAGAGAUCUGAGCAACAUGUCCACAUUUAACCGUAUCGUCUCAAACGGUCAAAACUCCUGAUUAAUCAAAGAGUCUAAAUUCUCCCGGAAAUGUUUUUGAUAUCAAAAUAAGAGCUUGUUUUGUAAUAACAGACAUGUUAACGCUCAGUCCUUAUACACAUAGCACAAAUUGCACUUAUGAAAGCUUAAACACUUUUUUUAAACUGGAGAUCAAAUCUUCAGCUUUUUAUGUGAACUGGAAGCACUACAUUUAAAUACGAGUCGUCUUCAGAGCUGCACUAAAAAGUAGAUCUACAACAUUUUCCAUUUCUAUAAAUCAGUGAAUUCUUCCCGUUAUUCUUCACACAAACAUUUUCUGGUUCCAGCUUCUCAAAUGUUACUAUCUACAUGUUCUCUUGAUAUGGCUGUAGUGGUAGUAUCUUGGACUGUUAUUGACCAAAACAUGUAAUAACUUCAAUGUUAUUUAUUUUUUUACUGUGUUUUAACAUACAGACUUAAAAUGUGAUUUGAAAAAUAUCAUAAAUGCAGCUUUAGUUGUAAUAAAUGUUAAAGGUGGGGUAGGUAAGUUUGAGAAACCGGCUCGAGACACACUUUGUUAUAUUUCAUGGAAUGCUCU